AAUGUUUAACUCUAAUCCGGCAAAUAUUUGCUAGAUUUUCGGUUUGUAAGUGGUUUCGGUUAGCGUGAUUAAUUUUGAUAAGUUGGUUUGGUCACGGGAAUACAUACGAUAUAAUUUUGCAUAUUCCUUAAUUAUCUCAAUUGCUAAAAGUAUUUUUACGAGUGCGGUAUCCGGCAUUUGGGUCACGAGUUUACUUGGCACGAUCGGAGCGAGUACUUAAUAAACGACUGACUUAAAAAGUUUACGAAACGUGUGCCAUACUAUACUUUUUCUGCGACCGUUAAUUUUUGGGUACAUAUUUGCAAAUCAACACGAAAACAUUCACUGACAUGACCAUCAGAAGUGACAAACGUUAAAAUUCAAGCCGUGCUGUAAAAACUUAAACUGUAAAAGGAAAAUGUCCGAAAGGAAUCCGCUGGACAAGGAACUCAUGCUAGAUCGGUUUAUAAUUAGAUAUUUUACAGAAGGGAGUAGAAAAGUGCAUUUUUCCUGCACACGAAAACAAAGAACAAAAUUGGUUGGAUCUAGUGACAGAUGGCGGCAUGCUGCUAAUGACACGUGUAGGCCCAUAACAGGCCGGAAAAGCUUUUAGUAAAAUCGUGAUCCGUACGAAAAUAUAGGUCUACAUAGUGUUGUAGGAGAAAAAGAUAAUGGAAUAAAAUUUCUUUUCCCCGAGCUGGGGUUGACUGCCUGAUUAUUUUCAAUAAAAAACGUUGUGGCAAAUAGUUUAAAUCAAACGAUAUAGACGACAGUGGUUAGCAAAUCGUUGAAUCAACAAGUGUUUUUACAAGUGGUUGGUCAUAUUAAAGUCGGUCCGGUUAAAAAUAAGCAGUGGGAAAUUCGUGCUACCCCUAGAUCCCGCGACAAUGGGCGAAAACGUUUUAGUUAUUGGAGGCGGCGGACGGGAACACGCGAUCGUAUGGAAGCUGUCUCAAAGCCGACUCGUAGGUCGGAUAUACGCGGCCCCCGGAAGCUUUGCCAUAGAACAGGUCGCCAAGGCGAGGAAUGUGUCUUUGAAUUUAAACCAUUUUAGGGUAAGGAGUUACCCACUAUUCCUUAUUUUGGCUUUGGACCUUUUGAAAUUGCAGGAAAUCAUAGAGUUCUGUAAGACAAAUUCCGUCAAUUUGGUGGUGGUAGGCCCCGAAGAUCCUCUCGCCAACGGCUUGGCCGACGACUUGAAUGCUCAGGGUAUCAAAGUGUUUGGGCCCCAAAAAAAUGGGGCACGAAUUGAAUCGGACAAAAACUGGGCCAAAGCGUUUAUGGACAGGCACGGUAUACCGACUGCCAGAUGGGAAUCUUUUAGUGACCCCAAAGACGCGAAAAAUUUUAUUAAUGGCGCGCCUUUCGCUGCUUUGGUUGUUAAAGCCAGUGGCCUGGCUGCAGGCAAAGGGGUAGUAGUUGCCUCAAACAAGCUGGAGGCUUGUGAUGCCAUAAAUGAUAUACUUACCAAUAGAAAGUUUGGAAAUGCUGGAGAGACGGUUGUUGUGGAAGAAUUAUUAGUGGGGGAAGAAGUUUCGGUGUUGAGUUUUUGCGAUGGCAAGACUGUAAAAGCGAUGCUGCCUGCGCAAGAUCACAAAAGGAUUUUCGAUAACGAUGAGGGACCGAAUACGGGUGGUAUGGGAGCUUAUUGCCCGUGCCCUCUGUUAAAUGAUGACCAGUUAAAGUAUGUCCAGGAAGAAAUUUUAGAGAAGACGUUGCGAGGCUUCCAAAAAGAGAACAUACCCUUCAUAGGUGUUCUCUAUGCCGGGUUAAUGUUGACCCGAGAAGGUCCGAAAGUGUUGGAAUUCAAUUGCCGUUUCGGGGAUCCGGAGACGGAAGUAAUUUUGCCCCUCUUGGAGUCCGAUUUGUACGAAAUAAUGGCGGCCUGUUGCGAAGGCUCUUUGGACAGGCAACAGUUAAAAUGGAAAGAGGGUGUGAACGCGGUGGGUGUCGUGUUAGCUUCAAAAGGUUACCCAGAAAGCUCGAGCAAGGGAGAUUGCAUCAAGGGGCUCGAAUCUGUGGUUUCUCUUCCCCAUCAUGUUAUAUUCCAUUGUGGUACUGCGUUUAAAGACGGCGAGGUGGUCACAAAUGGGGGCAGGGUGUUGAUAAUAGUGUCCAUGGGGCCUCGACUGAUUUCAGCGGCCGCAAAAGCACUUCAAGCUGCCGACCUUGUGCGUUUUAAUGGGGAGCAAUUUAGACGGGAUAUAGCUCACAAGGGUAUAGCUAGAGCCAUAUUGAAAUCUGGUCAACUAACCUACAAAGGGAGUGGCGUCGACAUUACAGCUGGUAAUGAAUUGGUUAGACAUAUCAAACCGGCCGCCAAAUCUACCGAUAGGCCUGGAGUUAUGGGCUCUUUGGGCGGAUUUGGCGGGUUAUUCGACACCAAAGCGGCCGGUUACAAAGACCCGUUGCUUGUGUCUGGCACGGAUGGAGUUGGUACUAAAUUAAAAAUAGCUCAAGAAAUGGGUAAGCACAGCUCUAUCGGUAUCGACCUCGUCGCGAUGUGCGUCAACGACGUGCUCGCCCACGGAGCCGAACCUCUGUUUUUUCUGGAUUACUUCGCCUGCGGCGCCCUGGACGUCAAUGUAGCUAAACACGUAGUGUCUGGAAUAGCUGAGGGUUGUCGUAGGGCCGGUUGCUCCCUUAUAGGGGGCGAAACCGCCGAGAUGCCUGACAUGUAUCCGCCUGGUGAAUACGACCUGGCAGGUUUCGCUGUGGGUGCCGUGGAAAGGACGCAAAUAAUACCUAAUGUUGAGAGUAUAGAAGAAGGGGAUGUAAUUAUAGGUUUGCCUUCAUCUGGAGUUCAUAGUAAUGGGUUUAGUUUGGUGAGGAAGGUUAUGAGUUUGUCUGGGGCAAAGUACCAGGACCUGGCUCCGUUUAGUAAAAACAACAAAACGUUUGGCGAAGAAUUUUUAACUCCGACGGAGAUCUACGUAAAAUCGGUUAUCGACGCCAUCAAGUCCAAAAAAGUGAAAGGUUUCGCUCACAUUACGGGCGGCGGCUUGGUGGAAAACAUCCCCAGGGUGCUUCCCGAGCGUUUGGCCGUGGAGCUCGACGCUUCCGCGUGGAAAAUACCCAGCGUUUUCGCGUGGCUGGCCGCUGCCGGAGGCGUCAACGAAGCCGAAAUGUUGAGGACAUUCAAUUGUGGCAUCGGUGGCAUACUAAUUACGACACCGAGUAAUUCCCAGCAAGUUUUGAAUAUCGUAAAGGGCUACGACGCGAACGUAAUAGGAAAGGUUACCAUCAAAACUGGAGAGCAAGUGAUUGUCAAUAACUUCAGCGAGGUAUUGGAGAAGUCGAUGCGUCAGUUUGUACCGCAAGUAAUGUCCCGUCUCCUCGAAACCAAAAAAAAGGUGGCAGUGCUCGUAUCGGGCAGCGGUACCAACUUGCAAGCGCUUAUCGAUAGUACUCGAGACCCCACCCGACAUAUCGGAGCCGAAAUAGUUUUGGUUAUAUCGAAUAAAGGAGACGUCGAAGGACUCAAAAGAGCCGAAAGGGCGGGGAUUACGACAAAAGUAUUAAAUCACUCAGACUUUGAUAGCCGGUACAACUUCGAUAUGGCGAUGGAUAAAGAGUUAGUGUCGUCGGGGGUGGAAUUAGUUUGUCUGGCCGGAUUUAUGAGAAUAUUGAGCAAAGAGUUCGUGGAGAAGUGGCACGGAAGGCUGAUCAACAUCCAUCCCUCUCUGUUGCCCUCAUUUAAAGGAACUCGCGCCCAGAAACAAGCUCUGGAUGCGGGAGUUAGGGUCAGUGGGUGCACCGUACAUUUCGUAGAAGUCGAUAUCGACUCCGGUGCGAUAAUCACUCAGGAAACGGUGCCCGUCAUGAUAGAUGAUACUGAAGAGAGUCUUACCGAAAGGAUAAAAACUGCCGAACACAGAGCUUAUCCUAAGGCUCUGAUGUUGUUAGCCACAGGCAAAGUUGGGUUAGGAAACGACAGAAAGAUCGUUUGGCAAUAAAGCGUUUUUCAUGUUAUUGUGUUUUUUUUUAAUAAUUUAUUCGCAUAGUUUAUUCAAAUUAAAUAAGUCUCGGAACAACU